CUGGACAGCUUUGGUUCCAUAACCAAAUGAUCUGAGACAUUUAUUUAUAAUUAUAAUACUCUUUUUUAGUUUGGAUUUACUAGUUUGUGGAUUUUCAAUUUUUAUGAUACGCAUAAAUAAAUAUAUUUAUGAUGUCGUAAACUAUAUUUAUUGGUUUAUUGGUUUGGUAUUUUUGUAAUACCUCUAUAUAUUGAAGAAUCAACAUUGUGUUUUACGAAAUGUCUGCUGUUUUAAAUGAAGAUAUUGUUCGUAAUAUAACAAAAAAUAUUAAUGUUCCGCUUGUGUUUCGGAAUUUCAUUACAAAUUGGCCCAUAUGCCACUGGGACAUAGAUAAAUGGAGCUCAGUAUUUGGGGACCGGCAAAUACCCUUUCGGUGCAUGAGAAAAGAUUUGGUGUCUGAUGAACCAUGCUGGGAGCGACGGUGUAAAAUCAAAUCCAUGUCAUUUAAGAAGUUUCUUGAAGGAUUAUCGAGUAACGAAUGGAUGUACUUUGAUUAUAAGUAUUUACAUCAGUGGUUUAAUGCAGACACUGAAUUAUACAAGGAAGUUUCAUGGAAUCAAUUUGGAUAUGCUGAUAAAGGUGCUAAAGAUAGUACACUUUGGGUGGGCAGUAGUGGAGCCCAUACUCCUGCCCAUCAGGAUACAUAUGGCAUAAAUAUUGUAGCACAACUUCACGGAACAAAGCGAUGGAUACUGUUCCCUCCUGAAACAGGCGGAUUAAGACCUACAAGAGUGCCUUACGAGGAAUCCAGUGUUUACAGUGAACUAAAUUUUUAUUGCCCUAACAAUAUGGACCCUUUUAAUGGUUUGACAGGUGGUCGGAUGGUAGAACUCGCACCUGGAGAUGCACUGCUAGUCCCCCGUGGCUGGUGGCAUUAUGUUCAGAAUACAGGAAGUCUCAACAUUGCACUAAAUAUGUGGCUACCUCAUGAAAAGGAUGUUUCAACUCGAGUUUCUGAAGCUCUUAUAAAAAUAUUAGUAGCUCAAUUAUGUAAGGAUUUGCCGCAGGAAACGGCCAAACUGCUAGUUAAUCCCAACGAAGAUGACAUCGUUGACACUCCAUUAGCAGUAUUAUUUUUGCAAUUAGAGACAGUGGCCAAUAUGUACUUAGAUAAAAAACGCAAGCUGCGCCGCGUCAAACGGCAGAGAACCUGUGAGGAGGACGUCGCAGUACCUGUUGAAGAGGAGUUCGAUCUGAAAAGUUUAUUGGACGAGCCAACGAACAAAUUAGAAAUAGCCCCAAGUAUUGCCAGCACCGAUCUGAUUAAUAUUCUAAAGGAGAAUCUUACUAAAUACGCCAACACUGACAGGUCUCACGACGAAGACGAAGUUGACGCUAGCUCUACUGGCCUAGGAUUAACGAAGGCCGUUAUUGACGCGUUCAGUCAAAGUAAUGUCAUAGAUCUGGUGAAACAAAACCUCUAUAAUCGUUUAAGCUAGUUUCAUGCAUAAAUACCGACAUUUGAUGUAUGUAAUAUGUCGUUAAGUAUAAGUAUUAUUAUUAUCUGUGAUUCGAGGUCCAGUGUUUCUUUUUUGAGUAUUUUUAUUUUCUAUGUUCGUGUAAGUAGGUAUUUAGCUUGGUGCUACUGAUAUUUAAUUGUGAAAGGAUAUAAAUUUGAUCUCUAAAAUUUAUAAGAUAAAGACUGUUAUUUAAUACUACAAAAAUAUGUUUAACGUGCCUUUAAAAGUACAGAGCGAUAUAGGUAUAUUAAUUUAUCUAUUUGUUAUGGUUAAUUUUUAAUAUUAUUGGCAACGCAUAAUAAGCUAACGACCCAUCUGACGGAAAGUAGUAACCGUCACCUGUAAACACGAAUAAAGUCAUGGGUAAAAUGGGAUGUAUGCAAUAUUGUGUGUCUAUUAUAUUCUCCUUUCUUUCUAUUUCUGAGCAAAGUCUCGAAGCUUGCACACCUUACCUUUCAAAGUAACAACACACGAUAAUUGUUGCGAUGUCUGGGUAAGAUUUUGCUGCAUUCAAGUUAGUCGCAAAGCUAUGAUCAGACUGUUUAAAAUUAUACGCGCUCCGACGGGAUUACUUUAUUGUUUUUUUUUUCUGUUUUCAUCAUACAUUACUAAACAGACCUAAGACAACUCAGUUAUAACAUACAUGACUGUAAAUAAAAAAAAAAUAUGAUCGUAAAGUAUAUUUUUAGAUAAUUUUCUGAUAUAGUUCUGUUUAUUUAAUUAAACAAUUUAACCUAAGCUUGUUCUUAUGUAAGAUUGACAUUGGUCUUUUACUUAUUGAAAACUCUUUAGUUUUUGUUACUAGUCGUUAAGAGAAAAUGUUAUACUUAACUAUUUGAUGUCAAAACUUUAUUUCUUAUGACGCACGUAUAAUUUUUAAGUUAUUACGUUGGCAGUGUAGAAUUUAAUAAAUUUGGGUAUUAAAGUUACACUUUUUAAAUUUAAAUAUUCGUUUCAU